CCACACAUCCCGUCGACCUGCUUGCGUCCGACUCCGAGUCGACGACGAGAGACGGAGAGAGAACGAGAAAUCGGCCGCGUCUCCCAUCUCGUCCUCUCUGCGCGCCUGACCAGCGAGCCCUUCUCCUCGCUCGGCGCUCGCCAACCCUAGCUAGCGGCGGCGCGCACCAGGCAGCCCGAGACCGCAGCCACCUCACGGCUCCCAGGGACCUGGAUCGACGAAUUCCCAAACCGCAAGGCCGGAGGGCGGAGCCGACUCGCCGACGAGGCCGGACCGGCGGGCGCGCGCCGGCGCCUAGACCUAGAGCAGGAUCACUGCGGUCAUGGGGUCCUACACUGGCUGUGAACCGCGUUGAUUUGGGGAUUUGGAUCGCCGUUGGUAGAGUGUGAAAUGGUGGACUUUCUGCGACGGCUUGCUGCUGGCCUGCUCAAGUGCUGCGAUCUUGACAUACCCAAUCGGCCAAAGGGCCUUGAGGAGCCCGAACGUCUGGCCAGGGAGACAGUUUUUAAUGUAAAUGAAAUCGAGGCUUUGUACGAGCUGUUCAAGAAGAUUAGCAGUGCCGUGGUUGAUGAUGGCUUGAUUAAUAAGGAAGAAUUCCAACUAGCACUGUUUAAGACAAACAGAAAGGAUAGCAUGUUUGCUGAUCGGGUAUUUGACUUGUUCGACACCAAGCAUAAUGGAAUUCUUGAAUUUGAGGAAUUUGCUCGAGCUCUUUCUGUGUUCCAUCCAAAUGCACCAAUUGAUGACAAAAUUGAUUUUGCUUUCAAACUGUAUGAUCUCAAGCAACAAGGUUUCAUUGAAAAGCAGGAGGUCAAGCAAAUGGUGGUUGCAACACUUGCUGAAUCAGGAAUGAAUCUUUCAGAUGAUAUUAUUGAAGGCAUUAUUGACAAGACAUUUGAGGAAGCAGAUACGAAACAUGAUGGGAAAAUUGACAAGGAGGAAUGGCGGAACCUUGUCUUGAGGCAUCCAUCUUUGUUGAAAAAUAUGACUCUCCCAUAUCUCCGGGAUAUUACAACGACAUUUCCAAGUUUUGUAUUCAACUCUCAAGUAGAGGAUGCAUGAGAUCCCGAAGACACCAUUCAAGCCUCUGGGGCACCAACAGAACAGAUUCUGCGAGGGGGCACUUGUGUGCUAUUAUUUCCUUGAAAUGUAAAUUUUGUGUGGUGGCAAUGCCCUUCCGAGGGUUCUUUCUUUUGUAUAGUAUUGUUGAGUAUAUUCUACCCAAGAUUUCAGUAUGAACAAUCUCUUGUCAUGUGUUUAUAAUAUGUUCUUCAAAUAUAUUGUUUAAUUAACAAGUUGCACC